AUGGCCAUAGCAUCCAGCUCAAUCAAUAAGUCGCAGAAGAACGGUUCGGCUGCUAAAGAACGAAGAAAUAAGUUGACUCAGGAACUUGAGAACGAAAAGCUCAAGCAAGGUAGAGCAAAGGAUGAAGAAGAGAAAAAUCAAUACAAGGUGGAAAUUGAACGACUAGAAAACUUGCUUAAAGACUUGGCUAGCGUUCCUGAUUCGAUGGAUGUGGAUCAAAAAGAACAAAAUGAUGAAAAGGGCGGAGACGGGAAUUCAGAUGAAAACAAAGAAAUCAAGAAGGAAGAGACGGAGAGCACUACACAGAACGCCCCCAUUGACGAAAAUGUCAAAGAAAACACUGGCGAAGGCGAAGGUGCGACGACCAGACAGGAAGAACAAAACGACUCGGCUCCUGAAAGCCACGACAAGGGAAUCAAUCACAAUGAACACAAUGUGACUGAGGCCUCUCGAGGAGAAAGUGAGAGCAACAACACGAACAACGCCCGUAGCAACGACAGCAGCGCUGGGUCGCCGCUCUUCGUCCGCCCCAAGAGUCCACCACAAGAUGAUAACAAGUUUGAGCUCGACGAAGAUGGUCAGAAGGCUCUCUUCGUUAGACACACCCUAAAGCAUUCGGAACAUUUUCAAACGGUUGGUUGGGGACGUGGAACGACGACUUUCUAUAUAAACCGCCACGGGAGAAAAAGUGCGUCGAAAUAUCGCUUGGAGUCGUUCGCCGAAUCUGCCGAGUACGAAGAGAGAGAGAGAAACGACGAGGAUCCAUAUAAAGUAACCAACUCGGAAAACCGCUACGGCGACAAAAAGCUGCCCAGUGGGAAGUGGAGAUACACCAAGCGCCAUAUCAUUGGCAUCUGGGGAGUGGCUUGGGCAUGCCCCAUCGGCUGUCAGAAUGAUCUGAAUCUGAUAAAUCCCGCCAUUGUCGAUAAGUGGCCAACAACAUAUGUUUUGAUCAUGUGGGACAUCGACGGCAAUCGAAAGAAGUCGUGGGAAACGAGGUCGAGUCUCAGGAACCGAUGGACGAAGAAGGACGCCGAUGCCGCUAUUUACAAAGCGGCAUGUGAAGCUGAAGCCCGUUACAAUGAUACCGAGGCAGGACUACGGGCUGCGACAAGCCGGUCGCCUUCCCGAGGGCUCGCAGAGAUAAACACCGCUCGUUUCCGAGCCCAAUCACACGAUGUUGGGAACCAAGGCCGAAAAGUUCAAUUUCAGGACGCAGACGAUCUCAGCGACGCGUUGACUGACUUUAAGGCAAGCUAUGCAGAGUUGCUUGGGAAGUCUUUCUCGGAAAUGAGCAUCAAGGAAAAAUCAGAGAUGGUGAGCGCGUGGCAGGUUCAGAAGGACGAGAUGGCUGGCUAG